ACUGCAAUUUCCCACUCUCCUGUUUUUCAGCUGUGGGCAUUCUUUACGCUGAAUUGCAAGGAAAAGCACCUGGGGAAAAAGAAAGGGGUAUAUCUGUUGGCAGAGUGUUUGGAUGACAUAUGCGCAAGACCAACCACAAGAUUGCCAACAUUAGCAGGUUUGUCCACACCAAGAAAGCCAAUGGAGAGUGUAAGACACAGACAGCAAAGUUCAAACCAGGCACUUGAUGAGCUUCCUGUUACAAGCAAGAAACCUAAAUCCAUGAACUUACAGAAGGAGGUGGGUCUGAUCAGUGGAAUCUGUGUCAUUGUCGGAACUGUGAUAGGUUCAGGAAUAUUUAUUUCUCCAAAGUCUGUGCUGGCUAAUGUUGGAGCAAUUGGACCUUGCUUGAUUAUCUGGACAGCCUGUGGAGUGUUGGCUACAUUAGGGGCACUUUGCUAUGCUGAACUUGGCACAAUGAUAACGAAAUCAGGAGCAGAAUAUCCUUAUCUGAUGGAAGCCUUUGGGCCAAUACCUGCCUAUUUGUUUUCCUGGUCUAGUCUAAUUGUCAUCAAGCCCAGCUCCUUCGCCAUUAUCUGCCUUAGUUUUGCUGAGUACGUGUCAGCUCCAUUUUAUCCAGGAUGUGACCCUCCCAUUGCUGUCAUUAAGUGCCUGGCUACAGCAGCCAUUGUGGUCAUUACAGUACUAAAUUCACUGAGCGUGAAAUGGGCAAGCUACGUUCAGAACAUUUUAACUGCUACAAAAAUGGUGAUUGUCGUAAUUAUCAUUAUAAGUGGCAUUGUUCUCCUGGCCAAAGGAAACACAAAAAAUUUUAACAAUUCUUUUGACAAUCCCUCACUUUCUGUGGGUGGUAUAAGCCUGGCAUUUUACAGUGGACUCUGGGCCUAUGAUGGAUGGAAUCAACUUAAUUAUAUCACAGAGGAGCUUAAAAAUCCUUAUAGAAAUCUACCACUGUCUAUAAUAAUCGGAAUCCCGCUGGUCACAGUGUGUUACGUUCUGAUCAAUAUUUCUUAUUUCACGGUCAUGACAGCCACAGAACUGUUGCAGUCUCAAGCUGUUGCAGUGACGUUUGGGGACAGGGUACUUUAUCCUGCUUCUUGGAUUGUUCCCCUCUUCGUGGCUUUUUCAACCUUGGGGGCAGCGAAUGGGACUUGCUUCACAUCUGGCAGGCUUGUUUAUGUAGCAGGACGUGAAGGACACACGUUAAAGAUUCUCUCCUACAUCAGUGUUAAACGUUUAACGCCAGCGCCCGCUAUUAUAUUUUAUGGUAUAGUAGCAAUUUUUUAUGUCAUCCCAGGAGACAUCACAACCCUCAUUAACUACUUCAGCUUUGCCGUCUGGUUCUUCUAUGGUCUAACUGUACUGGGACUGAUUGUCAUGCGCUUUACAAGAAAAAAUCUGGAAAGGCCUAUCAGAGUACCUCUGAUCAUCCCUGUGGUUGUAAUGUUAGUGGCCAUUGUACUGGUCUUGGCACCUAUUAUCAGUGAACCUGAGAUGGCAUAUUUGUACUGCGUCUUAUUUACUUUAAGUGGACUUAUCUUUUAUGUACUUUUCAUCCACUUUAAGUUUGGCUGGGCUCAAAAAAUCUCAAAGCCCAUCACCAUGCAUCUCCAGAUGCUCCUGGAAGUUGCUCCAUCAGAAGUCAGUGAAUGAAAAAAACAUCUGAUUUUUACUUUUGAAGAGAAACAAGAUCCUUCAAAUAGUUCAAUUUUGCCAAGCAUUUUACCUCAAUUGGUAUGGCUCUUCAGUGCUGGUGGUUUAAGGAAUAUGUAAGACAGCAAUGAUCUUAGAUUUGGUCAUAUCUACCCUAUUUUACUGGGUGUGUUUGUGUGUGUGCAUUUUUGCAGCAGUUACGAUUUAAAAAUUUAUAGCCAAGCAUGGGAAAAUCAAGAAAGGAAAACAGGGGCUUUCCACUACUAAAAUCAAGAUGAAAAACAUUUAACAAUUGAUAAUUACCCUUUGGACAACCUCAUAGGACAGUAUGUCUGUGCCACCCAUCAGGUAACACAGAAGCACCAAGAGGCCAACUCCUGUAUUAGAUAUGUUGUAUAGCCAUAUUCAAAUGGCAGGGAGAGACAUGACAAGGGUGCAGUUGAGCUGUUGACCUCUAAGAGAUGAGGAAGUUAACAGAAGUGGCUUCACAGAAGGGGGGUGAGCUUUGAAAUCAAGUGUAUCCUUGGCCUCAAGGGAGCUUGAGACAGUGCAAUGCUUUCUCUGUACUUAAGGCAUUUUGCAGGAUCAGUGGAUGGGAUAAUAGGGGCUUAUUGGCCUGGCAUGAGGUCUAAUCAUCACAGCCUAGAAAGGAAUUCCCUACAUUUUUCCUCCUCCGACAUCCAAGUCUGUGUUCUCAUCCCUGUGGAGCUUUAAUGAUGAGGCUGAUGCAGUGUUAACCUCUGGACCUUACAAAGUUGGGUGUUUGAGAAACGAGGACAAACACAUUGGUUCACAGAUACCCCAAAAUCUAAUUACUAAGAUAUUUCGCUUUAAUUAGAAGAGGACAAAGGUGUUUGUAGCAUCUUAGACUGGUGAGAUUUAUUACUGCAGUCCUUAAACUGUGUUGGUCUUUCAGAGAUCACUGGCUUCUUUACCAAUUUUGUUGCUCCAGCCAAUGUAACUAUCUCUGUGAAUCUGCUUAAAAGGAAGGUAGACUUCCAAAUUUUACACUUUAUUUUAGUCAAUGCCCAGUGCAAAACAAGAAUGAUCAGGUAAAGAAAAAGAAAUACAGCACAGGAAACACCAUCCCAAUGUGUCUUUUUAAAUAUAUAAGUGGGAGCAUAAUAUGAGAAGAUACUAAUGCUAAAACUAUAAACUUAAAAUCUAAAAUACAUAUUACUAACAUAAACCUAUAAACCUAGAAUAGAUGCAAUCAAAGGAGAAGCAGAGUCUCUGUGUCCAUGUGUACAUGGCAGAAAUGCCCCUUCGCCAUCAGUCAGUUAUUACAUCAAUGACAUACAACAAAUGGUAUUAUAAUACAGGAGCCACAGUCAGCUCGUGCCUCCUUUUGUAGGUGGCAUAGCAAACCCAUAGAAAUAAAAUCUCUCUGAUGAAAUAAAGUAAUUUUCAUAUAAAAUAAAGCAGUAUGACCUGGGUAUUUUAUUAAAUGAGGAAGAGUAAAACAGGCUCUAAUAUCCAUGUAUAACAAGGUAAACAAUAACAUAUGGGCAGGAGAAUCUAUAGCUCCUGCGCCAUAGACAUAAUCAGGCAGCACAGGGAAAGUUUUUAUGUCUACCUUCCAGAAGAGUAAUGUUAAAUUUUAAAUUCUCAGUUUAGAAAUUGUGAUAAAGUUAAGUAUCUUGCAAGUCUAAACAAGAGAGAGUAGCUAUUCAUGAGUAUAUCACUGGGAAGGCAGGAUUGAUCUAGUUGCCUUUCCACAUCAAGGUAGACUUCAAAGUCUAUAAUCUUAAAGAUGGACCAAUCAAAGCUAUUGCAUAUUGUAAUUGCCCCUCUUUCCUACCAAAGGGACACAGAAAGAUAGGUGGGGUGGACAACCAGCUGAAUAAUCAUAGAGGCUGCUGACAAGAUUAUCUUUACUUAGGUGGGUAAGGUAGAGUAUAAAAACAAAAGGACCUCUUGGUGACAAGUAGGCAGAAAUGAUUAUUUCUGUUCAGUCUGAUUUUGUAAACUGGAUAAAUAAAAUGCUUCUAAC